GCCUCUUGCAGCGAGCAUAUCGCUAUCAAUACGCACAAAUCAGUGAUAGACUGAUAGGCUAACCUUUUAAUGCUGCAUUGCUCACCGUUAAAUUUGCGAACAUGAACCCAGUUGUGAAGUUCGGUUCGUCUAAUCCUCCCUACCUUAUUAAGUCCACUAUCGAUAUCCUACAGAAGGGUGACAGGAUUGCCCGGGACCGGAAUGCCACGGCACCAAGGAUGACGACUGAGAAAGAAAUAAUCAUUGCGUUGGCAGUCUUUUGUCCAAGUGCGAGAUGGUGAUGGUAUUCAGUUUUUAUACGAAAUUCUCUGUCAAGGAUAUCAUCAAUUGCUGACAGGUAGUUGUUCGGCUAACACAACACCAUCCCUCAAGGAGUAUUCAUCGACGUCUUUGGACGAUUAAGCUCAUAAGAGCUACCGGCAGGCUGGGGUUUGCACCCGCAGACGUUGCAACAGUUAGGGCUUGGUGGACCUUUCCUCAUUUCCCCUGGGCUUCAGGCAAUCGCAUAAAUCUCAACUACCGGAGGGAUUGAUGUUCUGGAAACCUCUUGACAAGCGGUUGUGCGUCAGAACGUAGAUCCUGCGAGCAAAAGAAACAAGAUCACGCCAGAAAUCAGAUCAGAAUGAUAACUUGGCGGCUCCUGCUACAAGUUUGAACAGGUUUCCAAGCAUUUCGACUCCCCUUUUGUGGUUUUACGAUCAUCCCUAAGCCACUGUCGUUGGCCUCUAGUAGGCUUUUACCGAGUCUCAAGUUUCUUGGCUCCAGAGACCAUUAUCCCAAAGGGGGUAUUCAACUACAGUUUUGAGGCCUGUGAUUGGCCACCGCCUCCUCGUGGCACCACCAUCAAGGGGGUCCGUUGACAAUUCUGCGGCAAAAAUCCAUCUCCUGAAACAGCAUUGGCAGCGGAACUCGUCAACAAUCAGGUGUUUUCCGAGACGUUUGGACAGAAGUCUCGUUUCAUUGUUGGUCUCGGUCUCGUUUGGUUUUCCGUGACUCGUUGUUCAUGGGCCGGUCGGUUGUCGUGUUCUUCUCGUAGGCUCAGGGAGUCAUUGUAGUCUUUCACCUCUCUUUAAUACUAUACUACACAUUCUCUCCAACGGAACUUCCGUGCUCGCUUCGGCGCGUGCUGUUUUAUUAGUUGUUUCUCUCUUUCUUUUGAAUAUAUUUGCAGUUCUCGAGGGUUGACCUCUUGAGAACGCUCCCUUCAUUCAUUUCGACCUCUCGACGAGGCUCAAUAUACCAGGCGCUGGACGUCUCACCAACCAUAUUUCCUAGCGAAUCUACUCGAGAAUAUUCGACAUAGAGAUCAAACCUCGAAUCAAACAGAUUAUAAAGCCUCCUUACCGAUUCCCUACAGCGUAUUGUCUGCAGCACCGCCAAUAUGGUCGACAAGAUCUUCCUCUCGACGGUCGUUGCCGACGCUCUCUUCCUAGGUUCGGGUGUCAUGGAGUUGGUUUUUUCGCUGGUCGUACAGAGCCAGAUGAAGAACACGCCUACUGAUGGCGAGGAUGUUACAAGGAACUUGCUGUACCAAAGGUUUCCCCUGACCGCCGGUAUCGUCAAUGCCAUUUUCAUUCUCGUCACGUUUGCAGUAACACUGCCCGGACUCGUCAUGCCCGCUCGAAGCUUUCUCAAGGUGUCGGGAUAUAUGGUGACAGUGUGCGCGAUAUUCACUAUGUGUGUGGCUGUGUUCCUCUGGGUUAUGACGUUGAGGAUGAGUGAGCAAUUUUUCAAUAUCUACAUCGACCAAGAGCCAGACGUACAGAGCUUGAUCCAGGACUCGUUUCAGUGUUGUGGUUAUUUCAAUAGCACAACUCCGGCUUUUGUGAUGGAUUCGACUUGCAGCAGUCCUGCAAGUGCAGCGCUGCUACGUGGCUGUGCGGCAUCAAUCUCAAGUUUUGCAAACCUACAUAUCGACAGCAUUUUUACUGUUCUGUUUGGAAUCGUUGGUAUCGAUGCUAUCUUUAUCUUGUGCAUUGCAUGUCUGCUCAAGGACCGCAAGGAGCGCGAACGCUACCGACAUAUCGAUGAGAAGGCUGGCUACCGACAAAUCUAAUGCAGAACACUUUGCAAUGUUACUUGUGAUUGGUGGGCUGUGCCGCGUAUUCUUCUAGAAGUCACUACACUGGCAUCCUUUUUUUUUUCUUCCUCUUUCAGACGGAUAUGUGACAAAUUAAGCGAGUGGUUUUAAUAUUAAUACUUGAUUCCCGUUCUCGAUCAUCAAGUGGAUGGGGGCGGCAUGCUGCCUAGGCCGUCCGGAUCACAUCACAAUUCCCGAUAUUGAAGUCGUUUUUGAUGGGCCAUGUGGCAAGCGAUAUAUCUAAUUCCCAUGACCUAUUGUUGUGGCGGGUUACGCUAUCAAAUGAUUCCAAACGUGGUGACACCUCCUGUGCGGUUCUUCUCUCUUCGAAUCUCAACCUCUUCCAAUUCAAGACCCUCGCCAUUCUCCAUAAUUGUUUCUCGAUGCCAUGGCCCGACAAACAUGCCCUGAGGGUCAACAUCGUUGCGUAUGGCUCGAAACGAUUCAAGUUGCUUUCCAUAGAACGCUUCAAUCUCAGACCGAGUGGUUCUAAAAUUCUUGGCCCAGUGCGGUCGACCUCCAAGGUCUUUCAUCAGCCACUCAAAAGCCUCGUAGUAUCGUUCGUGGCAAGGAGGGUCCAUGAGAUAGGGGCGAUAUAGUGUUGCGUUGAGGUACAAUGUAGGUCCGUUUUCAACAGUGAUAUCGAGGUAUGGCCGUACGUUCGAGGUGAGAGUGGUGUCACUUACGCGCACUUCGACAGGUGCGUGGACGUAAAGACCGUCCGCAGAGAAGGGGAUGUCGUGAGGAACGUAAUCAGGGUCAUCAGGAGACAAGUGGUUAAGCCAAGAGCUCAGUCUCCGGAGCGCCUCGGGGCCCUUAUCAAGAGGGAUGGCCCACUCGUUAACAAACUGGGAAUAUAGGCAGUUCAUGAGCAGUGCUUUGCGGCUUGGUUGAACAGCUGAUGAAGUGGUUCCAUUCCGAAAGCCAUACUGCAUACCGAAGACAAACCACUCAACCCAUGGCAGGAUUCGCGGAACGUGUUGGGCAAGAUAGAGAAGAUUGUGGUAGACAUAGUAGCCGAUUGAGCCGUCAUACCCACUCUGAGGAGGGUCGCGGUGUUCCUCGUCGGUUUGUUCUGCCUGCCACACCACUGCACGUCUUGUGUAGGGGAACCACCAGACCCUGACAAAUUCACUCUGUGUCCAUAGGUUUCGGUUCCAAGACUCAAACAUCUUGUAGUCUGUGUCAAUGCUCUGUUCCCACUUCAGAGUAAAGGCUGGAACUGCCUGGAAGGAAACUUCGGUAAUGAUACCAAUAGCGCCAAGAGAAAGAAGGGCAGCUCUGAAAAGGUCCGUCUU